GUUUUUCGUAAUUUAGGAAUUAAAGAAGAAAAUUCGGGGUGUGAUUUUAUGUGUACUUUCCAGAAGAACAUAAUAUCGCCAUACUAAACAAAAAGACAAACGAACCAGCGAAGGGAGACCUCUAAACGCUUAAAUGCUCUUCUUUUAAAAUCUCUCCGAUAAUUCUUGGUAGAGGAAAAAAAUUGAAAAAAAACUCGUCCAAUCACGGGUUUCGUCUCUUAUUCUGAAAAAGGGACUUGUUUGGUGUUUUGGGUGUGAAGAAGAUGUUCCUCCAUAGCAGUUUGAGACAUGGAUUGUCGUUAUCCCUUGGUAUCAUCAGUGUUAUCAGUUGGGGUGUCGCCGAGGUACCGCAGAUUAUGACUAACUUCAGUGAGAAAUCCACUGAAGGUCUCUCUAUUGCCUUCUUAACAACAUGGAUGAUUGGGGAUAUCUUCAAUCUUCUUGGAUGCUUGAUGGAACCAGCCACUCUUCCUACACAGUUCUACAUGGCACUGUUGUAUACAGUGACUACAUCGAUUCUCUAUGUUCAGUCUAUAUACUACGGCCAUAUCUACCCUCGGUUGAAAAACAGAAGAAACCAGAUGCUUGAUGCAGAACGUAUAGCAAACAUAAGCAGUGAUGCGAAAAUUCCGAGAAUAUGGAGGAACAGCUGCUCUGACGCUAUUCCUGGUGGAGGUCAAACCACACCUAUCAGUAUGAUUCCUGGGAGUCAUCGGAGUAGUUUUACAGGAAGAGAACUGUUUUACACGUCAGCAAGAUCUCUGUCGAGCAGUCAUACACCACCAGCUGGAUCUGUCUUAGCUCAGAGAAUGGCUCGUGGUCAAAGUGAACCAACUCUUGAAGAGCCCUUGCUUCCCGAGGACGCAAUGCCUCCUUCCACCAAAUCAAUGCUAUGCGUGGUCUCGGUAUUCCUGUUUCUUGGAAUGUUCAACUUUUCUGAUUUGCUAAGUGAAUCAAGAACUAUGGCUUUGGGAGAGAGAGAUCGAGUAUUUGUGGUUCGAGCAGCAAGAAAGCUUUUGCAGGUAACUAGCGGCAACUUAGCAGAAAAUCACGGUGGAGAAAGCAGCAAAAUUGGAAUGUUGUUGGGUUGGGCAAUGGCAGCCAUUUACGUGGGUGGAAGGCUUCCCCAAAUUUGUCUCAAUAUGAGGAGAGGACAUGUUGAUGGAUUGAAUCCACUGAUGUUCUUCUUUGCUCUAGUUGGCAAUAUGACUUAUGUUGCUAGCAUACUUGUAAACAGCGUCGAAUGGUCAAAACUUGCACCGAAUCUACCAUGGCUUGUUGAUGCAGGAGGAUGUGUUGUGCUUGAUUUUCUUAUUCUGCUUCAGUUUUUCCACUUCCGUUGUAGCAAAAACAAAGAUUCUGACAAGAAGCAUGAAACCGCAGAAGCUGUCUAAGGCUUGGCUACUCCAACCAAGAAGGCCUCGAACAGAUGCAGUUUUGAUCUGAUCUGACCAGCAGGAUUCAUCUCAUUCUAUUGAUUUCUUCCUUCUUUAUGACGGGAUUGAGUUUCAAGUAUUGUGCUGAUGAUAACAUUACUCUUGUGUUGUGACUUGUGAGUUUUUUUAACAAUAGAAGGUGUUCAUGGUUUUGAAUCUAUACUAAAUGAUCACCGCCAUAUCUUGUUCUGUUUUCUUCUAAGAGAGCAUCGCAUCAAUUGCAAAAGAUUAUUUACCACAUGUUUGUUUCUUUGCUGUUAUUAAAUUUAAAUUGAUAUCAAAUCAA